GCAGAUAACGUUGCAGUUAACGUCGAGUUCCGCGUAAUUUUGGCUGAAUGGUAAGAGAUUGCCGAGCAAUCUAGACGGCCUACCCGAGUUUCGGCUAUGAUUUUUUUUUUCAUGAUAGAUAGGCUUCUAAAAGUGAAGAACAGCUCUGACGUCUUUAGUAAGCGGAAAAGGUACUGCAAAGAGAAGCGUCACAUGACGAUUUUUAAGAUGGACCCUUUCGUUUGCUUUGCCCAAUGGAUCUGUGCUUGGAACUGGCAGGUGGCGUUUGGCAGUGGCACCCAAUCUUUGUUCUUAAAAGCCAGACGUGUUCUUCACGUUUAAGGGGGAUUGAUUGAUGAUACUCGUUGGUUAAACCACGAAGAAUACCAAUAGAUGGAUAAGUGGAGGGUGAGCAGAUGAACCAUUGAAAGAGUCCUGCGCAGUCUAGCUGCAUCCAGCCAGCAGAUACUAGUAGAACCCGAAACAUUGUUUUGACAAGUUCUGUCAUAUUUCGGUUGUAAGUUUUCACUAAUUACUAAUUAAGUAAGGGAUUUAAUCAUGUUAAAUGUAGGAUUUCUGGAUUCAAGUCUAUUUAGGUGUCAGAACUGGAAUUGUACUUUUAGAAUUUUUAAAGCACCGCACAGCUUUUAUUAACAAUAUUUUAGUUUUUCAACUAUCAAAAUCUUGUUAAUCAUUUAAAGGAGAACAGAGCUCAUUUUGUAUAUUUCCGAAAUUUCGACUUCCAGUUUUACUUCCGGUUUUUUUAUGUCCAAUAACUCCUUGUUUGUUGGUUUUUCAGAAAAAAAAAUUUGAUUUUCAUGAUCCUCAUCAAAUUUGGGGUCGAAUCCAUGUGUCAGCUCAAAAUAUCCGAAAAUCAUCAAAAAUCGCAAAUUUUCGUGAAAAUUUGCGAUUUUGGUCAAAUCCGUCUUUUGGCUAAAAACACGCCAUUCCGACCCCAAAUUUGAUAAGAAUCACGAAAAUCCUACUCGUUUUGUUAUGGGAGCCCUAUUUCUGGAGAUAUUGGCUACUUCCGGCUACUUCCGGGAAAUUUUCGUGUCAAUUUACAAAAAGUAAAAAAUGAGCUGUAUCGUUCUAACAAUUUCAAAUACUUUUCUCGCAUGCGUUAGGGUGUGGUACUACCACACUGUGGUAGCUAUUAUUCCGUGUUUUUCUUGCUUUCAACACUACAGACUGAUCCUACGAGCUACGACAACUUUUACCUACAAAUGUUUAGCGUUUCAUGCUGCAACUAGUAGUUGAUAUCCUAGAAUGUUAUGCCUAAAAUUGGAAUUCAGCUAUCAGAGAUUAAGGAAAUUCAAGCACUUAAAAGCAAGUAUUGUACUUAUUUCAACAUUCAAAAUAAAAUAAAAUUUUGUGUUUUAGGCUGAAACUCUAGAUGGCGUUGAUGUGCGUAUAUGAUGAAGAUUACGAGUGACAAGUUAAAUGGGUGUUUUUUACGUUACUCUGUUUUGUGUUUCAAAUGAUUUUUCAUAACAAAAUUUCAGGUGUUUCACCUUGCCAGCUGCUGAACCAGCAGCCUACAUUCCUGCCAUCAAUGUACCACAGGGGAUUCUGAUACUUUAAGGUCACUAUUCCUUAAAUGAAGAUCACCAUCCAGUUCAAGUACUGUUAAGGGACCUCAAGUCUUUUGUUUAAGCUUAGAGAUGUGUUCUCACAUCAGUCAACCACAGAGUCUUCAUCUACUUUGUGUUGCUAACCGUCAGCCCUCAGCAUCACAAGUAUCCAGAUUUCCAAGCUCCGCCAAAAAUCAUCCAUACACUUCAGCGCUUAAUUUUGGACUGCAAAUGUUUAUCCUCCUUCCGUACAACACUGCGGUUUCGACAAUUUCGGUAGUUUCGCCGCCAGUGGACCACACGCAAGUACAUUUUCUUCGUCUUCCUGUCAUUGUCUACGCUUUCACCUCAUCGCUGUCUUCGUUGACGUCUUCACCUUCAUCUCCGUCUCGUCGUCUCGUCGUCGUCGUCUUCGUCGCCUUCAUCUCCGUCUCGUCGUCGUCGUCUUGGCCGUCUUCGCCUUCAUCUCCGUCUCGUCGUCGUCGUCUUGGCCGUCCGUCUUCGCCUUCAUCUCCGUCUCGUCGUCGUCUUGGCCGUUUUUGCUGUCUUUGUCUACCCCAUCACCUCGUCGCCGGUUUCGCCUUCGCCCUUCACGUAGGGAGUUCAGCGUGGAUCGUCGCUUUGGUAUCGUUUUAUUUUGCUUUGUAAUUUUAAGUUAACCCGUUGGCUGCCACCCCGUUUGCGUCCCAUUUUUUUUGUAGCUUGUAGGGACCGGCCGCAAUGGCCUUCGCCGCAAGGCGCCUUAGGCAAUGCACCAUUAGGGACUUCUCUUUGUCGAUGCGGUGGCGGAUUCCUGAGGGUGUGCAUUCCCUGUAACGGAUUCCGUCACCGUGUCAGCCCGGACUUGUCUUCGGACAAGUCUCACCUUGUUCGCGAUCCUUAUGACGCGAUGCGUAGCUACUGUAGUUUAAGCAACCUACGGGUUGCAUGGCCUGGCAGCCAACGGGUUAAUUUAGUUAAGUGUAUGUUUGUUUGUGUAUAUAUUUGUAUGUAUGUAAAAAUAGUGGAAUUCUGUUAUGUAAAAUAGUGGUGGAAUUGUUGGGAGGAGGUGGGACAAUAAAAACAAUUUCAAUUUGAA